AUGGAUCAUCUCGAUGGCAGUGCAUGGGUGUUUGACUCACUUGUAGGGUUUCUUCACGGCCCUGUAUGGAAUGUGCCAUUGCAGACAUUUAUAGAAGAAAAAUCUUUGCCUUUUGAGCCAACUGAUGAUGGAGAAGUGAAAGACAAACCUGAGUAUAAGAAAAUUCACGAUGAAUAUCGUAAUUUGGUGGAUGUAAUGCUAGGCUCAUUUAUGGACGACAUUGGUAUAUCGGCAGAACAGUUUGAGGCAGCAUGUACGCUGUCAGCACGCGACCUGGCCGGGCUACCAGCACAUUUUCACCGCCGUCUCUUCGAACAAAUAUGGGCUGCUAACGAUUAUGAGAUGUUCGUUAAGAUGAUGACACAUAAGAAUGUGGAGCUUCAGUUACAGGCUAUAGAAUUAAUAGAGAGGCGAUAUGGGACUAUGCCUUUAUUUUCCAACGAACCAGAAGAACUCGAUUCUUCCAAAAGCACCGACAAUGACGACUGGCCCGAUAACGAUGAUGUCAUGACUGAAAUAAAAAAGUUACAGCUACAAGAAUUCGAAGACAGUGAUGAAAUCAAUGUGCCACCGGAGGAAGUGGUGGCCGAAAAACAAACUCUGCUAUCAAAACUUCAUAAUUUUGAGAAAAAAGAGGAUUUCGAACCAAAGAAGACUGUUACCUUUGAAGAGAAAAAGAUCCAAGUCAUUGAACCACCAAAACCACCACCGCAAAAAGUAGAGGUCACCGAAGAGGAUAUGCGUGCUCGCCAGGAAUAUUUAAAACAACAGCGUGAUAAGCUUUUGGCACUAAAGAAGCAAGUUCGCGAACGGAGGCUGGGUGCAGCUGAAGUGAAUGGCGAAACUGGAGGUGGCGAAGGCUCUCACAGCAGCGUAGCUAGACCUCGAUCAGCACGCGUAGCACAGGCGGCUUUGGCAGGCGCUCCCCCUCCACCACCGCCAGAUGCAAUGCAGUUGCGACGGGCUCUAGCUUCUAAGCUCAAAACUGAAGUUGUUGAUAUUGCCAACUGA